AUGAGCUCACGUGGCGCCGUCUUGCCGCGCCAUCUCGAAGCGCAGAGCACCGAGCCGCUGCAGCCGGCUCGAUGGCUCUCGCAGCAGACAGCUGACCUCUGGCGCCCAGGCACUGCCGAGCUCACGCGUCGCCUGACGGAGCAAUCGCGUCGCUCCGCCAGCGUGCAUGGGCAGAAUGUCGACGAGCGCACCAAGCACCUCGAGCAGGGCGAGGCGCACCUGACGAGCGACCCGUUUGACGCCGACGGCACGUUUGACCUGGAAAAGUUCCUGCGCGACCUCUUCCAGCGCGGCAGCGACCGCGGCAACGAGACGCGCACCAUGGGCGUGGCGUUCCAGGACCUCAAAGUCACGGGCUUUGGCUCGGGCGUGGGCCUCAGCUCGAGCGUCGGCUCGACGCUGCUUGAGCCCGUCACGGCGCUCGGCAACAUCCAGGCGCUGCGGCACCCGCCGGUCAAGACGAUCCUCGAGGGCUUUGAGGGCUGCAUCAAGCCCGGCGAGAUGGUCCUCGUGCUCGGCCGCCCCGGCAGCGGCUGCACGACGCUGCUCAAGACGCUCGCCUCGUACCGCGACGGCUUCCGCUCCAUCGAGGGCGAGCUCUCGUGGCAGGGCUGGGGCCACAAGGACAUCAACGGCUCGCUGCGCGGCGAGGUUGUGUACGCACCGGAGGACGACGUUCACUUCCCGACGCUGACCGUCGGCGAGACGCUCGACUUCUGCGUCGCCACGCGUGCGCCGCAGGAGCAGCGCCGCGUCACGCUCGACGACAACAACUCGCGCGACGCCUACCGCGGCCUGGCGCGCGAGGCGCUCGGCACGAUUCUCGGCCUGCGCCACACCUUCAACACCAAGGUCGGCAACGAGCUGAUCCGCGGCAUCUCGGGCGGCGAGAAGAAGCGCGUCAGUAUUGCCGAGCUGCUCUCGACGCGCGCAAAGGUGGCGCUGUACGACAACUCGACGCGCGGCCUCGACAGCAGCACGGCCGUCGAGUUUGUGCGCAGCCUGCGCAUCGCGACGGAUAUCGCCAAGCUUUCGACGGUCACGUCGAUCUACCAGGCCGGCGAGUCGCUGACGCAGAUGUUCGACAAGGUCGUCGUGCUCGCCGCCGGCCGCAUGAUCUACUACGGCCCGCUGGAGCACGCGGCGCAGUACUUUGACGAGCUGGGCUUCGAGCGCCACUGGGGCCAGACGACGGCCGACUACCUCGUCUCGGUGACGGACGAGCACGCGCGCAUCAUCCGCGAGGGCUUCGAGGACCGCGCGCCGCGCACGCCCGCCGAGUUUGCGGCGGCGUUCCGCAACUCGGCCGCCGGCCGGCGCAACCACGAGGAGGUGGAAGAGUACAUGCAGAAGCUGCGUGCCGAGCACACCGUCGAGGCGCAGCGCCACUACAAGGAGGUGCAGCGCCAGGAGAAGGCCAAGCACACGCGUGCCGGCUCUGCCUUCCUCCUCUCGUGGCCGCAGCAGAUCCGCCUGGCCAUGCGCCGCCGCGCGCAGAUCCUGCGCGGCGACAUGAUCACACAGUACAUCGUCACGGGCGCCUCCGUCUUCCAGUCGCUCAUCAUCGGCUCGACGUUCUACAUGAUGCCGCAGGACACGAGCGGCUUCUUCUCGCGCGGCGGCGUGCUCUUCUUCGCCAUGCUGUUCAACGCCUUUACCGCGAUGACGGAGGUCGCCGCCGGCUACGGCCAGCGGCCCAUCGUCAUCCGCCAGGCGCGCUUCGCCAUGCUGCACUCGAGCGCCGAUGCCAUUGCCAACACGCUGCUCGACAUUCCGCUGCGCAUUGCCACGAGCCUGCCGUUCUCGAUCAUCCUCUACUUUAUGACUGGCCUCUACUACAGCGCCGACGCGUUCUUCAUCUACCUGGCCGUCGUGCUGCUCGUGACGUUCAUCAUGGUUGCCGUGUUCCGCUUCCUCGCCGCCGUGUUCCGCUCGGAGAGCAACGCAACGAUGGUCGCAGGUCUCAUCGUCAUUGACCUGGCGCUGUACGCCGGCUACGUCAUUCCCCGCAACUCGAUGGUCAUCUGGUGGAAGUGGCUCAGCUACUGCAACCCCGUGGCGUUUGGCUUCGAGAUCCUCAUCACAAACGAGUUCCGCAAGCUCAACGUGCCGUGCGCGCAGCUGGUGCCGAUGGGCCCCGGCGUGGAGAGCGCGAACCAGGUCUGUGCCGUCGCCGGUGCCGCACCGGGCGCGACGAUCAUCGACGGCAGCGCCUACGCCCGCGCCAACUACGGCUACGAGUUCAGCAACUCGUCGCGCAACGCCGGCAUUCUGAUUGGCUUCUGGAUCUUCUUUGCCGCCAUGUACGCCAUCGUCUCGGAGUUCCAGACGGACCCGACGGCGUCGGGCGGCCGCAUGAUCUUCAAGCGCGACCGCGCGCCCAAGGCUGUCGCCGAUGCCGCCAAGGCCUCCGGCACGGACGAGGAGAAGGCAGAGGAGAGCCUCGGCGGCACCACGGCCGAGGAGGACCGCGUCGCCGACGAGGCGCUCCACAAGCUCGCCGUCAGCUCGGACGUGUUCAGCUGGUCGCACGUGAACUACGACGUCAUGAUCAAGGGCAGCCCGCGCCGCCUGCUGGACGACGUGUCGGGCUAUGUGGCGCCGGGCAAGCUCACUGCGCUGAUGGGCGAGUCGGGCGCCGGCAAGACGACGCUGCUCAACGUGCUGGCGCAGCGUGCGGGCACGGGCAUCGUCGACGGCUCCUUCCUCGUGGCCGGCCGGCCGCUGCCGCGCUCGUUCCAGGCCGACACGGGCUACUGCCAGCAACAGGACACGCACAUGUCGACGGCGACGGUGCGCGAGGCGCUGCAGUUCUCGGCGCUGCUGCGGCAGCCAGCCGAGACGCCCAAGGCCGAGAAGCUGGCGUACGUCGAGACGGUGCUGCGCAUGCUCGAGAUGGAGAGCUUCGCCGAGGCCAUCGUCGGCGACCCGGGCAACGGCCUCAACGUCGAGCAGCGCAAGCGCCUCACCAUUGCCGUCGAGCUGGCCGCGCGUCCCAAGCUGCUGCUCUUCCUCGACGAGCCCACGUCGGGCCUCGACGCGCAGGCGGCCUGGUCCAUCGUCCGCUUCCUCCGCAAGCUCGCCGACGCCGGACAGGCCAUUCUUUGCACAAUCCACCAGCCAUCAGGCGAGCUCUUCAACUGCUUUGAUAGAUUAGUGUUGCUGAAGAAGGGCGGCCAAGUUGUGUACGCCGGCGACCUCGGCAAGAACUGCUCGACGCUGCUGCCGUACUUUGAGCAGCACAGCGGCAAGAAGUGCGCGUCGACGGACAACCCGGCCGAGUUCAUGCUCGACGUCAUCGGCGCCGGCGCGACGGCGACGACCAAGUUCGACUGGCACAGCCUGUACCUGCAGAGCGAGAUGCACCGCCAGCUCGUGGCGGACCUGGAGGUGUACGCGCAUGUGUCGGACGGCCAGCAGGUCUCUGCCGAGGACGCCGAGCGCGGCAACCGCGAGUACGCCACGAGCCUCGCGACGCAGUUCCGCCUCGUGCUGGCCCGCAAUUUUGCCCACUACUGGCGCUCGCCCACGUACAUCUACGCCAAGCUUCUCCUCAACCUCUUCGCCGGCCUCUUCAUCGGCAGCAGCUUCUACGGCCAGGGCAUCAGACAGACGACGUCGUCGCUGCAGAACAAGCUCUUUGCCAUCUUCAUGGCGCUCGUGCUCAGCACGUCGCUCGCGCAGCAGGCACAGCCCAUCUUCAUGUCGUUCCGCAACCUCUACGAGGCACGCGAGCGCCCGUCGAAGCUCUACGCCUGGCCCGUCGCCAUCGUCGCGGCCAUCCUCGUCGAGAUCCCGUGGAACUUCGUCGGCACGACGACCUUCUUCAUCCCGUGGUACUUCUUCAUCUUCCACGACGGCCUGGGCGCGCUGCGCGGCUUCUACAUGUGGCUGGCGCUCAUGUUCUUCGCCGUGUACUGGCACACGUUCGCCACGGCCUGCGCCGGCAUUGCGCCCAACCCGCAGCUCGCCUCCGUCCUCUUUAGCGUCUUCUUCUCCUUCGUCAUCGUCUUCUGCGGCGUCGUCCAGCCGCCGCCGCUGAUGCCGAAGUUCUGGUCAAGCUGGAUGUUCCCCUUGUCGCCGUUCACGUACCUGCUCGAGGGUCUGCUGGGCAACGUGCUCGGCGGCGAGGCCAUCGUCUGCGCUGCCAACGAGCUCAACACGCUCAACCCGCCGGCCGGCCAGUCGUGCGAGCAGUUCCUCGGCGCGUACUUUGCCAGCGGUGCGCCGGGCUACUUCGUGCAGAACGCCGACGGCAGCUGCGGCACCUGCGCCUACGCCCAGGCCGAGACGUUCCUCUCGAGCCUGAGCACCUCGAGCCUGACGCUGAGCUCGUCGCACAAGUGGCGCAACCUGGGCAUCAUCGCCGCGUACAUUGCCUUCAACUUCUUCCUCUGCCUCGGCCUCUUCUGGGCCUUCCGCAUCCACCAGUGGAAGGGCAAGAAGAACGCGCCGGCCAAGACGCACGCCUCGGACCCCGCCGCCGCCGCACCCGACGCCUCGGCGCCGCAGACGGCCGCCGCCGCGCUGGACCCGCACAACGAGAAGCCGACGGCGCCGGCCAAGAUGGCCGCCGUGCAGGAGCAGGGCGAGAGUGCGCUGCCCACGGCGGCCGCCUCGCCCGCGCGUGGCGCCAGCCCGGUGCAGGAGCAGCGCACGUAG